AAUGAAGAGCGGGGACGGAGACAGCCCUCCGUGACGUCAUGGUCCCGCCUCUCGGCCGCCCCUCGGGCGCUUGGCAGCGGGCAACUGAGGAUAGAAGAGAGAGCGAGGGAGAAGGCUGAGCCCACUGGCGGCGGCGGCACCGUGUCUGUCUCUCCUCCUGUCCCCGGCGAUCGCUGCUCGUAGUCUCCUGUGUCCUCCUCCUCCGCUUCCCCUCAGGAACCAUGGAAAGUGCGGCGGCGGGAGCGGAGUUCAACAUUCUCCUGGCGACCGACUCCUACAAGGUGACACAUUACAAGCAAUAUCCACCCAAUACAAGCAAAGUUUAUUCCUACUUUGAGUGUCGUGAAAAGAAGACGGAUAACUCCAAAUUAAAGAAGAUGAAAUAUGAGGAAACUGUUUUUUACGGGUUGCAGUACAUUCUUCAUAAGUACUUAAAAGGCAAAGUGGUAACCAAAGAAAAAAUUCAGGAAGCCAAAGAGGUAUACAAGGAACACUUUCAAGAUGAUGUCUUCAAUGAAAAGGGCUGGAACUACAUUCUUGAGAAGUAUGAAGGGUGUCUUCCAAUAGAAGUAAAGGCUGUCCCUGAGGGCUCUGUCAUUCCCAGAGGAAAUGUACUCUUCACUGUUGAAAACACUGAUCCAGACUGUUACUGGCUGACAAAUUGGAUUGAGACUAUUCUUGUUCAGUCAUGGUAUCCAAUUACUGUUGCCACAAACUCCAGAGAACAAAAGAAGAUCCUGGCAAAAUACCUGCUUGAAACCUCUGGCACUUUAGAAGGACUGGAGUACAAAUUGCAUGACUUUGGCUACAGAGGGGUUUCUUCACAAGAGACAGCGGGAAUAGGAGCAGCUGCACAUUUGGUGAACUUUAAAGGGACUGAUACAGUAGCAGGAAUUUGUUUAAUUAAGAAAUAUUAUGGAACAAAAGACCCUGUGCCAGGUCAUUCUAUUCCAGCUGCUGAACACAGUACCAUAACAGCUUGGGGAAAAGACCAUGAGAAAGAUGCUUUUGAACACAUUGUAAACCAGUUUUCUUCAGUGCCUGUAUCUGUGGUCAGUGACAGUUACGACAUUUAUAACGCUUGUGAACAAAUAUGGGGUGAAGAUUUAAGGCAUUUAAUUGUAUCAAGAAGUGCCGAAGCACCACUGAUUAUUAGGCCAGAUUCGGGAAAUCCACUGGAUACUGUGCUGAAGGUUUUGGAAAUUCUAGGGAAGAAAUUCCCUGUUACAGAGAAUGAAAAAGGUUAUAAAGUAUUGCCUCCAUACCUCAGAAUUAUUCAAGGAGAUGGAGUAGAUAUCAACACAUUGCAAGAGAUUGUGGAGGGAAUGAAGCAGAAGAGAUGGAGUAUUGAGAACAUAACCUUUGGGUCUGGUGGAGCUUUACUGCAGAAAAUAACUAGAGAUCUACUGAAUUGCUCCUUCAAAUGCAGUUACGUGGUAACCAACGGUCUUGGGGUAAAUGUCUUUAAAGAUCCUGUAGCUGAUCCCAACAAAAGAUCAAAGAAAGGCAGGUUGUCUUUACACAGGACGCCAAAUGGAGAGUUUGUUACCCUAGAAGAAGGCAAGGAAGAUCUUGAAUAUGGCCAGGAUCUUCUUCACACAGUGUUUAAGAAUGGAGUAGUAAUGAAAUCUUACUCAUUUGACAAAGUGAGGGAAAAUGCCAAGCUGAAGACAAGUGAACUGGAAGUGGCCCUUCACUAAAGUUUCUUUCCACAUUUGUAUGUGUGUAACAAUUAUGUACUACAUAGCUAAAGAUUUCCUGUACAGAUCUGUGUGUUUGUGUUUGCCACAUUGUAGCCAAAUUAUUUGUUGGUUUAUGGACAUCACUGCCCUAUUUUUUUUCUUACCAAUCUUGAGAAAAGAUGGAAUUGGGAAAAUACUUGUGGUGUAAACCAUGUUCAGUGCACUUCUAAGGCCUUUUGCCAGUAGUAAUUCAAUCUGGUAUUGAUCUGCUCACAAGUGACAGAGCUGAGACUUUAUUUGUGUAUGUAUAUGGAUACCACAAAACAGAUUUGCAUAAAAGUAUCAUUGCUUUAUGUUUAUAUUUAACUUGUAUUUUUGUACAAAUAAGAUUGUGUAAAAUGUAUUUAAAGUUUCAAUAAUUACGUCUUUCCAACUUUUCAUGAUUUUUAAGAGCACAGACUUUCAAGGAAAUACUUGGGGUGGGGGAAUUCAUUGCCUUUUUUGUCCAUUGAUCAGCAAAUAAAACAUGGCCUUAAAAAGUUUUAUUGUGACAACUGCUCUAUUUGAACAUUUAAUCGGGAUUCAUUGGUCCCUUGGGAUCCCACAGAAGUACAGAUCUCGCUAUUCAUUCUGGUUAUAUCUGUGUCAGUCGACGACUAUGUUUCUGUUCUCAGUGGAAUGGUGAAGUUCUAUAAAUAAAGAGACCUUGCUAGAUGGCAAGAAAUGUAAAUGGAAUGCCAAAUGUGAAAGGACUUUUUACAGCCACAGAGAUUGCCAAGUGUGCCUCUGUGUGUUAAUAGUAAGAUCACAGCCCUAAGCAUGCUUAUCUGGGCGUAAGUCCCAUUCAGGUCAGUGGGAGUUACUUAAAGCAAAUAUGCAUGCGAUUGGGCCACAAAACUUCUAAGGGAUCUCAUCUUCUGCUACAGCCUGUUGCCAUGUAAAACACCAUUAUGGAAGUGGUAUAUUAAACACUUUGGGGUUUAUUUUUCCACGUUAUGACAUCUCUAAAGCAAAUACUGGACUGAAUAGUGCACUUUUUAACUUUUUUGUAUUUUGGUCAUUGAUUUUUGCCGUUUUGUCACUGGAUAUUAUAUUGUAUAGACAUCUUGACUAUUUUUUGUUAAAACAAUUUUAAUAAAACAUGCUAGCCAAACUCCUUUUACAUUGGUAGCAUCUCCUAUAGGGGAACACUAUGCAGAGGUUAACUAUUUUAAAAACAGUUUUAAAAAAAGGGAAUGAAAGGUACUCUUCUUUUUUGUGACUGAACUUGAUUCACUUUCUGUGUAUGCUCUGAAUUGCUUAUUAAAAGAACAAGAUGGUCAGUGAUGUGACCUGACAAACUGUAUUAAGUUCUCAGGUAUGCAGCCAUGUUUUGGGACAGUUCCUAGAAAAGAAAGACUUGCCCACUUUUGUAGAGGAAGCACAAUAAUGGCCUUGGACUAGCUUUGAGGUAUAAAAUCUCUGGUCGCUGCUGAGGGGGCACUUGGUUUCAUCAAUUGGUUUUAUCAAUACUAUGGGGUAUGGUUUACCCAAAGUAUCACAAAAUUCAGAUAACAAAGAUAAUAACUUUUAAAGUGCUGGAAAAGCCAUAUUUUAACAUUCUUACUAAGGAUCAUAUUUAAAUACCAAGACACACAGUUUGCUUAAUAAGGUUUCUGCCAUUACUGUAUAUGGUUAUACACAGAUGUAGUAAUUAAGAACAAUGGCUUGGCUAACUCUCUACAUUCUGGCUUUCACACUCAAAAGCAGCCUGUCCUGCCCCUGAUGACUGCAUUUGAGUUUUUCAGAAAAUGGAAUGAAAGUCAGCAGAGGCUUUCACCACCAUACAAUGGAUUGGAGCCCUUUAAAAAAAAAUAUGCAUGGAUGGUGUGUGUGUGUGUACUCACACACACACACACACACAGAGGCAGAUUCCUCUUCCUGCACCAGUCCUCCAGUUCCCUCUUUGUGCUGCUCCUGGAGUCCUCUGUCCCUAAGGAACAGCAUUUUGGGCUGCUAUGUAAGGGAAACAAUGGAAACGUUUUAGAUGGAAUCCAACCCAAUGCACUGGGGGGGAACAGACUGUAUGAUAGAUGGUACCAAAAACUGGUAAAUCUGCAUAACUAAUAUUUUUGUACUUGAAAUCUGUAGAAAGGCACUAUUAUGUACUCAUAAUUCCCUGACUGAAUGUUUAGUUUCUUAGUUGUUUCAUAGUUCGAUGCUAUGAAUUUCUUCAGCUUAGAUUUGUUAAAUAAAGAAAAUCUUAUCUUUCAAGUCAACCUGGUGCUAAUGAGUUCUGGGCUCUUACCACUAAGGUUUUUAGUGUUAGACAGUUGACAUCUCCAUCAAUUUCAUGUUGGAUACAACUUACUGCAGAGCUUGAAGCUUAAAUAUUCUAAUUCUUCCAUACAGAAGCAAACAGCAUGCUUGGUUUUUGCUUUGAACAGUUGUAGGAACUGAUACCUUUAAGCUCCCCAUUCUGAACAGUUAAAUACCUUUAUUUUAAAAUGGCCAUUGGGAAUCUUCCACUGUUGACUCUAAACAUUUAUUUGUAACCUGUAUUUAACAAAUUAUGACGUAUUUUUU